AUGUUAUUAGAUUUAUUAAAUGGUUUACAUUUUAUUUUAACCGAUAUCCUAUUACUGAUACUUACGUCUUAUGAUGAACAAACACCACCAUUCAUCCGUUCACCUCUUCAUCACGUUAAUAUAAAUGGCAUUCUUUAUGAACCAAAGGUAUUUAGUUAUGGAACGUCGGCUGAUGAAGACGUCUACAGAAUAGGAAAUACAAACAAAGAUCAGCAAACGGAGAUGAUUAUGGAAGUUCUAUCGUCAAGACGAAAUGCAGAACGACAAAAUAUUGUGCAUCGGUACAACAGGAUUUUUAAAAAAUCUCUACUAAACGAAAGAGAAAACUUUAAAUCGGGAUUAAUGAAACAGUUAUUUGAAGAUCUACUAACAGACACAUCUAUAUUAUUAGCUGAUGAACUGUACACUGCAAUAAAUGCUUCGAAUUUACGAAAAACGACAAGUAUACUGAUUGAUUUCUGGGGUGAUGAAUUUGAUCGAGUGGAAACUGCUUAUAAAAUAUAUUCUACGGAAUCAAUCUGGAAUUCUAUAGAGAAAAAAUUUGGAGAAUCUGUAAAAUCUAUUCUACAUUGCAUAGUUGAAACAAGAAAAUAUGAAACUAAACAAGAAUAUCCAAUAAAAGGUCGAGGUGGUAAACCGAUAGUUAACAACACAGUAGUAGUUGAGGUAUUUUAUGACUUGAUGAACGUGUUGGAUUCGAACGAAGAUGUGGGACAGCAGCUUGGUGAACGUCUAUGUAAACUUGAUCAUUUCAAUUUCAAAAAUUGA